GCACGGCACGACGCACGACGGGUCGGAACAAACCUGCAUCGGGAAAAAUCCUUAUGAGUUGAUCCUACACUGACAGACCGCAGAUUUUACCCUCGCCCUUGUGUUUGCACGACUUCGUAUUUGAACAGACUUGCACGACUGCAUUGCUUUGAUGCACAGAGCCACAUGUUUAACCACCGGGCCUGCUUUCGUACUCGCCUUGUAGUUUGUAUUUAAUUUUGGAAGACUUCCGACCAGCAUCUAAGGAGAACAGAAGUUUCUACGCGGUUGUUUGUUGCCGUGGUGGGUCGUGCGACUUGGCAGGAAUGUCCCAGAAGGAUAGACCCACUUUCUAUCGACAGGAGCUCAACAAAACAAUAUGGGAAGUCCCGGAGCGGUACCAGCACCUGUCGCCUGUAGGCUCGGGGGCUUACGGAUCAGUGUGCUCCGCCUAUGAUGUGAAGCUGGGGCUGAAGGUGGCGGUGAAGAAGCUGUCCAGGCCGUUCCAGUCCAUCAUCCACGCCAAGCGGACCUACCGCGAGCUACGGCUACUCAUGCACAUGAAGCACGAGAACGUGAUCGGCCUCCUGGAUGUGUUCAGCCCCCAUGUCACUCUGAAGGAGUUUAACGAUGUGUACCUGGUGACGCACCUGAUGGGCGCCGAUCUCAACAACAUCGUCAAGUGCCAGAAGCUGACGGACGACCACGUGCAGUUCCUCAUCUACCAGAUCCUCCGCGGGUUAAAGUACAUCCACUCUGCAGACAUCAUCCACAGAGAUCUGAAGCCUAGUAACCUGGCGGUGAACGAGGACUGUGAGUUGAAGAUUCUGGACUUUGGUCUGGCGCGACACACAGAUGACGAGAUGACCGGUUACGUGGCGACGCGCUGGUACCGGGCGCCAGAGAUCAUGCUCAACUGGAUGCACUACAACAUGACCGUUGACAUCUGGUCGGUGGGUUGCAUCAUGGCGGAGCUGCUGACGGGACGAACGCUCUUCCCUGGAACAGACCAUAUAAACCAGCUUCAGCAGAUAAUGAGGCUGACGGGAACUCCGCCUGCCUCCCUUAUAAGCAGGAUGCCCAGUCAUGAGGCGAGGAACUACAUCAACUCACUCCCCCAGAUGCCAAAAAGGAACUUUGCGGAUGUGUUCAUUGGGGCAAACCCAACGGCCGUGGACCUGCUGGAGAAGAUGCUGGUGCUGGACACGGAUAAGCGGAUCACGGCGUCCGAGGCGCUGGCCCACCCGUACUUCGCCCAGUACCACGACCCAGACGACGAGCCCGAGGCCGAGCCUUACGACCAGAGCUUCGAGAGCCGCGAGCUGGAGAUCGACGAGUGGAAAAGGCUGACGUUUGAGGCACUGGUCAGCUUUGUCCCUCCCCCCCUCGACGAAGACGAGAUGGAGUCGUGAGGGAGGGAGAGGCGUGACUUGAUGCGUGGUCCAGCCCCCUCUCGCCGGCCGCAGAGGAGACCAUGCCCCCCGCUGGACCACCCCGCCCCCCAUCCCCAAACAGGAAAACAACAACAACAACAACAACAACAACAACACAAUCAGGAAAUGGAUGAUCUCAAAGUGCCUGUAGCUGCACCGUCAGCUGUAGGUUCCCUCCAUAGGCCAAAGGUCAAACAAGGCAAUAUCUUCGGCUCCUCCCCCUUACCUGUCAUGAGAUGUGGGUUGAAAACAAACCUCAAAAUACAAAACCGCUAAUACCGCGAUAUAUUGACGCAGGGAAGACGCAGAAGACGUCUAACGUGAAUGCCUCUCCUGAAUUAGCAAAUACACGGACAGCUACAAAAAUACAGAACGCAGGGAGGAAAUAUUGACAUGCAAAGCAAAUAAACAGAUGCUAUUUGUUAUACACAAUGUAUAGCCUAUGCCUGUACAGGUUGGGAUAUGAGUUCUCCCAAAAAAGAGACUUGUGGAAGCAGCGCUUGAUCAUUUUCUCCAGGUUUUCUAGUUUUCCGUCUUCAGUCAGAGCAGAGUGCUGUGUCUGUCGUCUACUUGGGUGCUCCAGUGUUGGAGCCGUGUAAAUAGAUACCUUAGCAAGCACUCGUGUAAAUAAGUUAUGACAAGCGGCCACCGUUACCAGUUAUUCUGCCAAGGAACGUCUCUCCUGCCUCUAGCCUCUCACCACACACACACACAGACACACAUACACACAGACAGACACAGACACAGACACACACACAGACACACACAUACACACACACACACACACAGACACACACACUCACUCACUUUUGCCCAGUGUGUGUCUUGCCGUGACCUCAGUUCUAAAAGAAUGUCUGCUCAAAUGCCUGCCAGUCAAUCAGUUCCACAAUCAAGAAUGUCAUCUUUUUUAUUUUUGAAUUUGGAGAAUGUAGACCAAUUUUCCAAUUUUACAGCUAACAAGUUUUAAGCAUAGCCUGACCAAGAGCUGGCCGCUGUCUUUAGUCCAGUCCCCCCCCCCGCUCUGCUUCCGUGCUCUGGAACCGGAUGGACCCAGUAGAGCCGCAUGAGUUGAGAUCUGAGAGCCACUGGCCUCACAGCAGCUGAGCUUAGUUCAGAUUCCCAUCGGACAUGAUCCAUUUCUAAUCCUCUGCUGGGCAGAAGCUGUCUGUCUGUCUUAUUUGAACCUCCUCUCCGUGUCCCAGAAGUCUGCAGGUGAACGCGUCUCCCAGUCCGCUGACUAAAGCAAGGCCACUCGGCCCUCUCCACAUGUAAUGGUCCCUCCUCUGUGCAAAUUCUUUAUUUUUAUUGUUAUUUUUAUUUUUUUUGUUGUUGUUGAAUGAAACGAACGGAGAGUAUGCAGAUGCAUAGAUUGCCUUCUCAACCUAUAGGAACUUCUAAUCCUGAUUUAGAACGGCAAAGUGAUUAUUUUUAAAAGUUUUUAAUUAUUUUAUUUGUUUUUUGCGUAAUCCACUUGUUGUUCCCUGUUUGACGAAAAGUAUGUGAUACUGUUUGUAUAUUUAGACAAAUGGAUUUUGUUCCACUGUAGAAACGGCUGUCAGUGUGUAUAUGAGCCAGUGGUCAGACAUCUGUGGGGACCCCCCCCCCCCCAACAGAAGCACUCAAUACCAGCAGAACCCCCUGUUCCACAUCACCUCAGCCCCCAGCAGAACCCCCUGUUCUCGCUCUGCACAACAAACACCACCACACCAAGACUGCCCCCCCCCCCCCACGAACACCCCACACCAAGACUGCCCCCAACAAAACACCCCCACACCAGGACUGCCCCCAACAAAACACCCCCACACCAGGACUGCCCCCAACAAAACACCCCCACACCAAGACUGCCCCAACAAAACACCCCCACACCAAGACUGCCCCCAACAAUACACCCCCACACCAAGACUGCCCCCAACAAAACACCCCCACACCAGGACUGACCCCCACAAACCCCCUCACACCAAGACUGCCCCAACAAAACACCCCUCUCUAUUUACAUGUGUUUCAGUUUAUUCCCAAAUGUGGGUUCCUCAUGGACUGGUAUUAUGUUGAACCUCUGAAAAGCAAUAUCGGUAUGGAGCUUGGCUCUCUCUCUGUCUCUCUCUCUCUCUCUCUCUCUCUCUCUGAGUGUGUGGGAUUGUUUUACUGUUCAUGGGCACAAGUUUACAGGGUUCCAAAGGGUUCAUAUUUGACGUCACAUAAUUGGAAGACCGGUCCACAUCGUAUUUAUUACAUGGUGAGGAAAGCCAUGUCUGCCAUAUAUUAAUGUGAGAUAUAUAAAUAUAUAUAUAUAGUGAUUCUUUUCUUUUUGUUGCAAAAUGAAAGCAUCUUGUCCUUGUCUUGUUGUUUUGUGGCCUGUGCACACAAACAAUUCUCAGUCUACCAACAACACAGGUAACGCAAAACCACUGCAUAAAAUGAAUAAAUAAAGGCAAUUAUUUUUCAGAA